CAGUGCCUAGGCAUCACCACAAAGGGCGUUCGGUGCAAGCUUAGAGUCGACGAUGGCUACUGUCGAUACCACCAGAGCCAGAAGGGCCCAGUGCCCACGGCUCGUCCCAGCACUCCUGCUGUGCCAGCUGCCCCCAGCAAGCCGGGCUACAUCUACAUGUACACUUUCGCUAGGCUCUACAAUGGAGACAAACUGUGGCUCAAGGCAAAGAAUCUUCCCGGGACGAAAAAGAAGGAUCAGUGGCUCCCCUUCAACGCUAAGCACUCGGAGUACACGUUGAUCAAAAUCGGAAUGACAACCCAAACUGUGGAGAAGAGGUUCAAGCAAUGGCAGGACAAAUGCCACCAUGAGAUCGUAGACAUGCUGCCGGCCUCUGCACCCAUGGCAUCGCACUCCAAGAUGUCGAGGCUCGUCAGCAAAUUCUCCAGGCUUUCGAUUAAGCCAGAACGGCUGGCUCACGCAUACCGUACCUUCAGGCCUGACGAAAAGGGGUUCUACUGUCGGAAUAAUCUAGCAGUGGUCGAGUCAGAAAUACACCGCCAAUUGCGAAACAUAUACGGGUACGGAGAUAUUCUCUGCCAGGGAUGCAACGAAGCUUCUUCAGGAUACAAAAUGCAUAUCGAAUGGUUCUUGAUUCCCAAGACACACAUUCCCGGGGUCUACAGGGCGAUAGACUCUAUCUGUCUUCAG